AGGCAUUAAGGACCUUGCUUAUCGGCGAUUACGUAGGAGCAACUCGCUGGAGCUUGCUUUGAAGUUUAAACUAUGCAAAUAUCCAUCAAACUUUCCGAAUUCAACGCCGACGCCCCGAUUAUCUUUUAGUUCUAUCCGAUUGCGCGAGUUUAGAUCCAAAUCUUAAUCAUUCGAUAUCUUAUUCGAUGAAGAGUUGAGAAUGAGCACGAUUCCAAUCAAGACUCAUGUCUUCUCGUACAACCUCCUUCUCCCUCGCCCGACCGCAGCUAUCCCGACGACCAUCUGUUAGUUCUAGGCUAUCAUUCGCGGUAUCGACCGCCGAGCUCGGAGAGGGAGCUGGCAACAAUGCGCCAGCAGAACAACAGAUUGAGGAGGAGAUAGCAGAGAUUAAGAGAUAUGAGGAUUUCACUACUAUAGACUGGGUACAAGAUGCGGCGCAAGAGAGAUUACGUCGAAAGACGCGACAUAGGAAAAAUGUUGGUAUGUUUAAUAAUGGCAAGACAUCAUGGAGAUACAAGCUGUGGGAGUCAUAUGAUGCCGCUCAAGGCUGGAUUGUCGUGACCUUGAUAGGCGCUGCCAUUGGGUUGAACGCUGCCUUCUUGAAUAUCAUAACCGAGUGGUUAUCUGAUAUUAAGAUGGGUUACUGCACGACUGCCUUCUACUUGAACGAGAACUUUUGCUGCUGGGGAGAGGACAAUGGAUGCGAUCAUUGGCAUCGUUGGACGGGAUUCGAACCGGCGAACUAUAUACUAUACAUCAUGUUUGCAACUAUCUUUGCUUUCACCUCCGCGAUUCUCGUCAAGUCAUUCGCACCUUAUGCCGCCGGCUCGGGUAUCUCCGAGAUAAAGUGCAUUAUCGCUGGAUUCGUCAUGAAAGGCUUUCUAGGAUUCUGGACUUUGGUCAUUAAAUCUAUAGCCCUUCCCUUAGCCAUCGCAUCAGGCCUCUCAGUUGGUAAGGAGGGACCCAGUGUGCAUUAUGCAGUAUGUACAGGCAACGUUAUCUCGAGGAUGUUCGACAAGUACAAGCGGAAUGCCUCCAAAACGCGAGAAAUCUUAAGCGCUUGCGCAGCCGCAGGCGUGGGAGUCGCGUUCGGUAGCCCCAUUGGGGGUGUCUUAUUCUCCUUAGAAGAGAUGUCGAAUUAUUUCCCUCUGAAGACGAUGUGGAGGAGUUAUUUCUGCGCUCUUGUUGCGACCGCAGUUCUAGCAGCGAUGAAUCCGUUUAGGACCGGCCAACUUGUCAUGUUCCAAGUCAAGUAUGACCGAUCUUGGCAUUUCUUCGAAACGGUACCGUACAUUUUCAUCGGUAUCUUCGGAGGUCUAUACGGUGCGUUCGUAAUCAAGUGGAACUUACGAGCCCAGGCUUUCCGAAAGAAGUAUCUUACAAAAUGGGCUGUUCUUGAAGCUACAUUACUAGCCGCAGGGACAGCUAUCAUUUGCUACCCCAACGUCUUUCUCCGAAUUGAUAUGACGGAGAGUAUGGAAAUCCUGUUUUUGGAAUGCGAAGGCACUGAAGACUACCACGGGCUCUGCGACAACGAUAAGCGAUGGUCGAACAUCAUAUCACUUGCCCUCGCAACUAUAAUUCGCAUAUUUCUGGUCAUUAUCUCUUACGGAUGUAAAGUACCAGCAGGUAUCUUCGUGCCUUCUAUGGCUGUAGGAGCAUCUUUUGGUCGCACUGUUGGAGUUAUAAUGCAAGCCAUCUAUCAUGCUCAUCCUGAUAGCGCCUUCUUUGCCGCUUGUCAGCCGGAUGAACCCUGUAUCACACCUGGUACAUACGCUUUCCUCGGAGCUGCCGCUGCACUAAGCGGUAUCAUGCACAUCACCGUAUCGGUUGUCGUUAUCAUGUUCGAGCUUACUGGUGCUCUAACGUACAUCUUACCUACUAUGAUUGUCGUCGGUGUUACGAAGGCUGUAUCCGAUUUGUUCGGUAAAGGGGGUAUUGCCGACAGAAUGAUUUGGUUCAGUGGCUUCCCAUUCCUUGAUAAUAAGGAGGAGCACAACUUUGGCGUCCCAGUAUCAGCGGUCAUGACUAAUGACGUGGUUGCUAUACCUGUCCAUGGCAUGACUUUGCGAUCUGUUGAAGACUUACUAAAGCAACCCAAAUAUCAAGGCUUCCCUAUCGUUGAAGAUUUGUCGGCAAGGGUUCUAGUUGGCUAUAUUGGUUGUACAGAAUUACGCUACGCUAUUGAUCGCUUACGUCGCGAGAGAGCUAUUAUGCUUAGCCCAGAAUCGAAAUGCAACUUUUCACCGCCGUCGGCAAAUGCGAUCACACCUAUUACACCGACAGUUACGAUCAACAAUGCAGAUUAUAGCACAUCAUCGGCAUCCAUAGACUUCAGCAGAUACGUAGAUGUAACACCGGUGACGGUGCAUCCGCGACUACCACUCGAAACGGUUAUGGAAUUAUUCCGAAAAGUCGGGCCCCGUGUUAUCUUAAUCGAGCGCCAAGGUCGACUUAUAGGCCUUGUCACGGUCAAGGAUUGUCUAAAGUACCAGUUCAAGGCUGAGGCAGCCGAGAAUCCGCGUGACGACCACGAGAUUGCAGAGGGCCAUGAGAGGCUCUGGGGCGUGAUGAACCGUGUCGCGGGUUGGAUCGCCGAGAAAAUAUCUAAAUUGAGUGGUGGGCGUGUGAGACUUGGGGGCGGAGUAGAUGAGAGGACGGCUGUAUCGAGGGGGCAUGGGCGUAUCAUGGAUGGUGAUGAGGACGUGGCCCCUGAUGAUGGGGUCGAGUUGGAGAGUAGAUAGAGAAAUGUACUUGGUAUGACGUGAUAAUUCGAAAUGUUUAACUGCACGUUAUUGUACUUAUAUGUGAGAAUACUGGUCCUUGAGAGUUAAGAAUAUUCUACAUUUUCGAGGUCGGCCUCAAAGGUAGGUUCAAAUUUUCGAAUUACAGCUAACUUGUUAUAAUACUUGCAUAACACUCUAAAGUUCCCGAAGUAUAUUCUACCUCUUCGCUAGCCCCUAAAGCAUCUUAAACACGGUUACCACAACGGGAAUAUUCCAAGUCCAUUCAGAGUUCAACUAUGGUAGCUGCAUCGGCCCGCGUCCGGUAGAUCUACGAUUACAUUGGGUGGGGGUCCGGCAGUCAACCUAUCAGCUGUUAGAAAUAGUUUCGGUAGCGACAAAUUAGCGGGGCUAUUUCCCCUAUGCCAUCACCCCUUUCGCUUCGCUGCAGGAACCUGAUUCAUUGCC